UAUAGCGACAGAGAGAGAGAGAGAAAGAGUGAUAAAAAGAGGGGAGAGGGAGAGCGAGCUCGUCAUCAUGAAGCCCUCGGUGAUUUUCAUAGUAUGGCUGUCUUGUAUAAGUAAAGCUUUCCCAGCUGAUAUCUUUAUGGUUACUAUGGGUGGAACUAAAUCGCAUAAAAUACCAUUUUGGGAGUUGGCUAAGGGCUUAAUAAGCAGGGGCCACAAUAUCACAUUUUUAAGCGGCUUUCCUUCAGAUUUUCAUAUGAAUGGCUUACACGAAGUUACACCAGCUGGCCUGGUCGAAUACAUACAAAACUAUACAAACUGGGAUCUAUUAGGGGCAAGAAUGUCUGGCCGAAUGCCUAUUAGUUUCUGGGAUGGUCUACGGUAUGCCUUUCAGUCCUGUGAUGCGAUGUUAGAUGAUGCGGAAACUCAGACUUUAUUAAAUCGGAAUUUUGAUUUGGCAAUACUGGAUGGCGCUUUUCCCGAAUGUUCUCUCGGCUUAGUGCAUCAAUAUAAAAUUCCAUUUAUGUACAUAAAUACCGUCGGCUUUUAUACGGGAAGUAUAGCGAAAUCAGGAAAUCCUGGCUCCUACGCCAUCACACCCAAUUUCUAUACAAGUUUUACCGAUAAUAUGAACUUGUUCGAACGGGCUUUAAACACUGGCGUACAAAUAUUCGCCACUUUAAUGCAUAAGUUUGUCAUGACUAUGGUGCAUCGUGUUUUGCAACAGCAUUUAGGAGCUCAUAUACCGCAUCCUCUUGACGUUUCAAAAAAUGUAAGUUUUAUCUUACAAAACGGUCAUGCAGUAGUAUCUUAUCCGCGUGCUUUCAAUCCCAAUAUCGCUGAGAUAGCUUGUAUACAUUGUAAGUCAGCUAAGCCGUUACCCAAAGAUUUGGAAGAUUUUAUAACAUCAGCUGGCGAAUUGGGUUUUAUUUAUGUGUCAAUGGGUUCUUCGGUAAAAGCAUCUAAAAUGCCUUACACGCUAAGACGCUUAUUGGUGCAAACAUUUGCGCGCUUACCCUAUCACGUGCUAUGGAAAUAUGAAGGCAAACCCAGUGAGCUGUUAGAGCUUAGCUCGAAUGUGAAGCUAAGUCGCUGGCUACCGCAACAAGAUAUUUUAGGGCAUCGUAAGUUAAGAGCUUUCGUAACUCAUGGUGGCUUAUUAAGUAUGUACGAGACGGUGUUUCACGGUGUACCCGUAGUAACAAUGCCGGUCUUCUGUGAUCACGAUGUUAAUUCGGCUAAAGCUCAGCUAGAUGGCUAUGCCAUUAAAUUAGAUUUGGCCACAGUUACAUCGCAACAAUUGUACAAAACCAUUAUGAAAGUUAUCCACGAUCCUCAAUAUAGAAAGGCUGCCAGAUUUCGUCAAAGUUUAUUAUUAGAUCAACGUAUCAGUCCUUUGGAAACAUCUAUCUAUUGGACGGAAUAUGUGUUACGACAUAAAGGUGCCUAUCAUCUGCAAUCUCCCGCACGCAAUAUGAGUUGGCUGCAAUACUAUCUCAUCGAUGUGGUGGCUCUUUACCUUGUCACAUUAUAUUUCAUAGUUUAUCUAUUGAAACGUUUACUGUUACGCUUAGAUAUGCUAAGUAGCUUUCAUGUUAUUAUAAAAUUUAAAAAAUUAUAACUUUUACUUAAUAGAACUAAUGUUUCGCUUUAAA